AUGUCCUCUGCCGCCUCUCGUACACUCCUUCGCACACGCAUCGCUACGGAGCCCACCACUCGCACAUUUACAGCGUUCAAGUCGUAUUCGCAUUGGCAAUCAAUUGUCCAACCGUCGCGGCUCUCACGAGCCCCAAAACCCCGCCAGGCGGCACUCGACCCGAGGACAUUACUGCUAGCAGCUGCUAUUUCUCUUGGGAUCGCAUAUGGUGGUUUCAUUUUCUCCAGUACAAACAAAUCGCCAAAGCAGCAAUCAACAGAGGAACCGUCUCCCAUCGCGCUGAGAGCGCUGGAGGAGGGCUUCACAGAGAUGGCCUCCGCCCAUCUACCUCCCGGAAGACCGGGAAACUUGACUGCAGAUCAAGAAGUCAAGCUCAAGGAGAUGUGGUCGCGAACACUGGAGUUCUUUGGCAUGUCGCAUGACGAAGUGCAUAAAGCGCAAGCCAAUGGUACACUACAUUCGCCUACCUCAGCAUCGGAAACCACACCCGAAAAGAAAAAGAGAGGCUUAAUGUCGAGGUUUAGCAAGAAGGAUAAGUCAGAAUCAGAAGGUGAAGGCAGUGCAAUUACGAAUGACAAGCACGGUCAAGUCAAAGAAUAUGAGGAGGCCUUGAAGUCAAUGAGUCCGGAGCAAAUACGAGAAGCUUUCUGGAACAUGAGCAAGCACGAUCAUCCGGAUGCGAUCUUGUUGAGAUUCCUGCGCGCAAGGAAAUGGGACGUCCAGGCAGCGCAGAUCAUGUCCCUCUCGACACUGCACUGGCGGCUGAAAGACAUGCACGUAGAUGACGAGAUUAUGUUCAAUGGAGAGGGACACGCAUUGAAAGAAUCGCAGUCGUCCAAUGCUGCCGAAAAAAAGGAAGGACAAGAUUUCGUGGCACAACUCCGCAUGGGAAAGUCGUUCUUACAUGGCGUUGACAAGGAUGGUAGACCUUGUUGUUACGUAAGAGUGAGGCUACACCACGGAGGGGAGCAGAGCGAGAAGAGUCUGGAACACUUCACGGUAUACACGAUAGAGACCGCGCGCAUGCUUUUACGACCACCCGUGGACACCGCAGUAAGUGGACUUCAAUUGCUCUAUCGGAUUUGACUCACACUGAAUUGCAGACCAUCGUCUUUGACAUGACCGACUUUAGCAUGGCCAACAUGGACUACACUCCCGUCAAGUUCAUGAUUAAAUGCUUCGAGGCAAACUACCCGGAAUCUCUCGGCUCUGUCAUCGUAUACAAAGCGCCCUGGAUCUUCCAAGGUAUAUGGAAAAUAAUCAAAGGCUGGCUCGAUCCUGUCGUUGCAUCAAAGGUGCAUUUCUCGAGCAAUGUCUCAGAGCUCGCGGAAUGGAUUCCCAAAUCUCAGAUCAUGAAGGAGCUGGGCGGUGAUGAGGACUGGACAUAUAAAUACGUCGAACCCGAGGAAGGCGAGGACGCCCAGAUGAGCAACACCACGGAGAAGGAGAAGUUGUUGGCUGAGCGCAGAGAACUGUGCAAGUCAUUCGAGAGCGAAACAGUCGCAUGGAUCAACGGAGAGGACAAGGGCGAGGGCAGAGGGAGGCUUGCACAGCGGCUGUCCGAGAACUACUGGAAGCUCGACCCCUUUAUUCGCGCGAGAAGCUUGUACGAUCGGACGGGAAUCAUCGGACCUAUGGGCAAGGUGGACUUCUACCCUAAGAAAGACGCUCCGACGAAAAAGGGCGCGGAUGAUGAUUUGGAUUAG